CCCAUUUCCUCCUUCUUGGUUCGGAUGGCGGGCCCGAACGACGUGGACCUCGACGCGCUCCUCGACGACGCUCUGGAAGACUUCGACGAUGAUGAGCCCGAAGUUGACGUUGUCCUGAAGGAAGCGCAGGCGCAGGUGGCCGGCGCGCAGGACCGCGAGGUCGAGAACCUCAAGGAUAGCAUGGCCAAGUUCCUCGAGGACGCGCAGAACCCUGAGUUCCAAAGCGUGCUGGAGCAAGCCUUCCGCGAGAUGAACGCGGAUGCGACGGCAGGCGACGGCGAGUCGGUCGAGUCGCUGCUCAAGAGCUUGAAGAUGAAGACGGACGGGCCCGUCGACGUGGACGUUGGCGUUGCCAAGACCCUUCAGAGCAUGGCCAAGGCCGCCGAGGACAUGGAGGGGCUCGACACGAACAAGACGGAAGAGAUGGGCGAAGCCAUGAUGCAGGAAAUGAUGCGCCAGUUUGAGCAGAUGGGCGAGAAGAACGACUUUACGGGCCUCGUCGAUGGCAUGAUGCACCAGCUUCUCUCCAAGGACAUUAUGUACGACCCGAUGAAGCAAAUCUGCGCCAAGUACCCGGAAUGGCUCGCAGAGAAGGAGUCGAUGCUCUCCAAGGAAGACUAUGCGCGCUACGGCAAGCAGUACCAGUACUUUCAACAGAUUUUGGCCGUCUACGACACGGAGCCCGACAACUACACGCGUCUCUCGGACCUCAUGCAAGAGAUGCAAGAAUGUGGGCAGCCGCCGUCUGAGAUUGUCAAGGAGCUUGCCCCCGGUCUUCAAUUCGACGACGAUGGCAUGCCCAUCAUGCCCAACAUGGGCCCCGGUAUGUUUCCUGGUAUGGCCGGCCUCCCUGGCGCACCAAUGCCUGGCCAAGACCAGUGCAGCAUCAUGUGAGUAUUUUUUUUGCAAAUGUCGAUAAGAAUUGCAUGAUGUUGUUGUCGUGCACCUCA